AUGGACGUGGAUGACACGGGGGAUACCGUGGACACCGUCGUCGCUCAAUUCGAGAAUCUCGACUCACGCGUCGGACAGAGCUCAUCCUCCUCAGCUGCUGCUCCCGCUCCUCCUCCUCCCAUCGAUUUCAGCCAUCUCCUGCUCGCCACCGCCGCUGCCACGCCCCGCAGAUCGUGCAUCCACCUCGCCGGCUCGUCGACAUCUACAGCCUCGACUUCGACGAUUGCGAAGCGCAAGUGGUCAACGGGCGCCACCAACGCCGACGCAAGUGCCAGCAAGCAGAUGAAGGCCGCCGGAGAUUACUGUGGAAUGGACAGCGACACGCCACCCGAGAGCCAAGAUGCCGUUUGCCAACAACAACAGCAGCAGCAGCCCGGCGCCGGUGAUGCUGAAGAGACGGCCGUCGCCCUCAACUGGAUCGCCGGCUUUGGGCAAAUGUCGAUGGCGCAGCAGAGCACGGCCCUGCGCAACCUCCUCUACCGCCUGCCCGACCACCACCUCCGCACGCUGCGCCACCUCAUCGAGCCCAUGUUCCAGAAGGAUUUCCUCGGCAUACUACCCGAUGAGUUGGCCCUGCUGAUCAUCUCGUACUUCGAGCCGAAGGACAUGAUCGCGUGCGCGGGCGUCUCCCACACGUGGCGUCGCCUGUGCGAGGAGGAGCGGAUAUGGAAGGCGAAAUGCCUCGCCGCCGGCUACACCACCACCAACAUCAAAAAGGAUCGACCUAGUUUCCGGUUUUGCGGCGGCUGGGCCGAGUUUCCGGCGAACAAGCAGACGGGCAUCACGGUCCACGGGCACAUGUCAACGGACGAGUGCUAUGCGAACAAGCAGGCCCGCGAGACGCCAUAUGGGAAAUGCUCGGAGAGAAGCCCCUACAAGGCACUCUACAUCAGGAAGAGGAGGAUUGUCGCCAAUUGGAGGAGUCAGAAGAUACAGUCCAGCGUCGUCCUCAAGGGCCACGACGAGCACGUGAUAACGUGCCUCCAGAUCCACGCCGGCCGCAUCGUCACCGGCUCCGACGACAACACGUUACGGGUAUGGGACGUCGAACGGGCACGACUCCUCUUCACACUCACCGGCCAUUUGGGAGGAGUAUGGACAUCACAAGUCAGCGAUGACGGAAAGUAUAUUGUUAGCGGCUCCACGGAUCGUACGGUUCGCGUGUGGAACGGGAAGGACGGCAAGCAGCUCCACAUCCUCCAGGGGCACACCAGCACCGUCCGCUGCAUGAGCUUGAACGGGAAAAUCCUGGUCUCCGGCUCUCGUGACCAAAACCUUCGCGUGUGGGACAUCGAGACGGGCCAAUGCCUCAACGUGCUCACCGGCCACCUCGCCGCCGUCCGUUGCGUCCAGUUCGACGGCAAGCGCGUCAUCUCCGGCGCCUACGACUUUACCGUCAAGGUAUGGAACGUGGAGACGGGCGUCUGCAUCCACACCCUCACCGGCCACACCAACCGCGUCUACUCGUUGCUGUUUGAGCCGGAGCGUGACCUGGUGGUGUCGGGCAGUCUCGACACGACGAUCCGCGUCUGGGACAUUGUCAGAGGGAUCUCCAUCGCCGUCCUCGUCGGCCAUCAGAGUCUCACCUCCGGCAUGCAGCUCAAGGGCGACAUUCUCGUGUCGUGCAACGCCGACUCCGAAGUUCGGGUAUGGGACAUUCGCGAUGGUGGGAAGUGCCUUCAUCGCCUCCAGGGCCCCUAUGGCCACACCUCGGCCAUCACAUCACUUCAUCUACUCGAGAGCGGACUCCUUGCCACCUCUUCCGACGACGGCACCGUCAAGCUGUGGGACGUCGAGAAUGGCCAAUUCGUGCGGGAUCUCGUUCGUCUGCAGUCGGGCGGUUCGGGCGGUUGCAUCUGGCGGUUGAAGGCGACGGAGACGCUGCUCGUGUGCGCCGUCGGCUCGCGGAAUGGCACCGAGGACACGAAGCUCAUACUCCUCGACUUUGACUCGGCAUAUCCA